AUGCCGAGGGGACACAUCGAGCCGAGGGGACGUGUGCCAAGCCCCAAGGAGCACAGCAGCAGCCUGCGGCGGGAGGGCUACACGGUGCAGGUGAACGUCAACGACUACCUGGACAUCUACUGCCCACACUACAACGCCUCAGUGCCCGAACACCGGCUGGAGCAGUACGUGCUCUACAUGGUGAACGCGGAGGGCUACCGCACCUGCAACACCAGCCAGGGCUUCAAGCGCUGGGAGUGCAACCGGCCCCACGCGCCCCACAGCCCCAUCAAGUUCUCGGAGAAGUUCCAGCGCUACAGCGCCUUCUCGCUGGGCUACGAGUUCCGUGCGGGGCAGGAGUACUACUACAUCUCCACGCCAACACACAACCACCGCCGGGCCUGCCUGAAGAUGAAGGUGUUUGUGUGCUGCGCCUCCACGUCGCACUUGGGGGAGAAGCUGGUGCCCACCCUGCCGCAGUUCACCCUGCGACCCGAGGUGAAGAUUGAGGACCUGGACAACUUCAACCCGGAGAUGCCCAAGCUGGAGAAGAGCAUCAGUGGCACCAGCCCCAAGCGGGAACACUUGCCCCUGGCCGUGGCCGCUGCGCUCUUCCUCAUGACGCUGCUGGCUUCCUAG